CAUAUUUGCUGUGCAUUUGUUCAUUGUAUCAACUGUGUGUGUGUGUGUGUGUGUGUGUGUGUGUAUGUGUGUGUGUGUAGGGAGGGCAGGACAGGACACAAGGCAGGGCGUUGUAUCUAGACCAGCAGCCCCAGUUAUUUGGAACAAAAGCUCAGUUGUUGAUAGAUCAUGUGACUGUGUGCAUGUGUGUGUGUGUGUGUGUGGGUAUGUGUUCCUCCCUCAUCAUGUGAUGCAAGCUCCAGGCAGGCUAUGAGAAGUGCUGAGUCAAUUCUGAGAAGAUCCUUCCACUGAGGGAGCAGGCAGGCAUGCGGGCAGGGAGCGGAGACGGCCGUCCACACAGCUGGAUGGACGGGUGUCGGAUGGAGAGGACAGAAACGUGCAGGGGGGUUCUUUAGGCUCAGAGGGGAACCGUCGGGUAUCGAGUCUCUUAGCCUGUUUUUGGACUUCGAAUGGGAGAAAAGUGAAGAUGCAGUGCUUUAUUUCGAAUCCACAUGUCAGUGACGAGUGGCUGCUGUUCCCGACAUUAGCCGAGGUCACCAGCAGGAGGGGCUGUGUCUCCUCACCCCAGGGGAGAAUGAAUCAUGACGUCAGUGGUGCUGGUUGACGCUGGCGGGACGAUGGUGGAGUAUGUCACAGCUGAAGAAGAUCCUCAGCAGCAGGAGGGAGUAUAUGAGGCUGAUGCGGAGCUGGAAGGAGAGGUGGAGGAUGAGUGUGAAGCAGAGGAGGUCUGUGAGGAGCUGGAGGACGGAGAGGAGGAUGAUGAGGAUCUCGCAGUCAUAGUGGAGGAGGUGCCCACUGCUGGCCGGCUGGAUGAGCAGGGUUACUCCGCCCAGGUGGUGGUGUAUGGAGAGGAAGCCUACGUCAUGCAAGAGGUGGAGACGCAAGGAGAAGGAGUGGAGGCCUCUGGUUACAGCAACGUCCACUGCUCUGACAAAACCAUCGAGGCGGCAGAAGCGCUGCUACACAUGGACUCACCGUCCAGCCUCAGAGAAGACCGCAGCCCAGAAGCUUUUACGCCACAAAGUGAAGCUGCACCAGACUUCCUCCAUGCCGCCAUGCGGCCUGAUGUGAUUGGAGAAACGGAGGUGGAGAUUACCACUGAGGACUGCUGCGAGGAGGAUGAGGAGGAGGACGAAGAGGAGGAGAUGGUCACGUCACUAGAAGAGCCAGAACCCGACAACGAGCCUGUCAGAAAGAAACGAGCUGGACGGAAAACGAAGGCGCCCCAUUCGUCCAUUUCAAACGGCGCACCAGAUCUAAGCUUCAAGAAGAAACCAAGAGAGGGCAAAGCAGGUAGCACCACUUAUCUAUGGGAGUUCCUGUUGGACCUCCUCCAGGACAAGAACACCUGUCCCAGAUACAUCAAGUGGACCCAGAGGGAGAAAGGCAUCUUUAAGCUAGUCGACUCCAAGGCCGUUUCCAAGCUUUGGGGUAAACACAAGAACAAGCCAGACAUGAACUACGAGACUAUGGGACGGGCGCUCAGAUAUUACUACCAACGAGGAAUCCUGGCCAAGGUGGAGGGUCAGCGGCUCGUUUACCAGUUCAAAGAGAUGCCCAAAAACAUCGUCAUUAUCGACGAGGACAAGGCGGAAAUGUCUUCUCCCGAUGACCUCAUGAGUUCAGAGUCGCAGGCGUCCUACGACCGCGUGCCUCCGCCUUCAGAAAGGUUACUGCAAAACGCAGAGCUGUCGUCUCCCAGGAGACCCAACAUCCUGCGGGGCUCCAACAGACCCAUCGUGGUCCAAAAUCCUGCCGCCACAGUGAGCGGACCAGCGGUGAUGGCGGCGGCGGCGCCCAGGAUAGUGACGGUUUCAGCAGCGGCCGACGUGAGCCAGAACGUGAGCCAGAUCCCGAACGCCUCAGCGCCGAGGACGGUUCGAGUGGCGAUGCAGGUUCCGGUUGUAAUGACGUCUUUGGGCCAGAAGCUCUCCACCGUCGCCAUGCAGCAGCCGGCAGGGACGACGGUGGCCCCGGGGCCCACCACCACCCUGCUCACUAACGCGUCUCCAAUCAGUGCUGCUGCUGCUAAUCCUAAUUCACAACAGAAGGUUGUGAUCCAGACUAUUCCAACAAUGGUUCCAGCCACAGCGGAGAACGGAGACAAGAUCACCGUCCAACUGGCCAAGAUCAUCACCAUCCCAGCCCACCAGUUAACCCAGUGUCAGCUCCAGGCCUCCACGGGGGCCAACAAGCCCAACAUGGCCGCCUCGUCUACAGGCAUCAGCCUCUUGGGAAGCCCCCUGACGGUCCGAGCCCUCGCCCCCGUCAGCGUCGCCCCGGGGGCGCAGGUGAUGAGGCUCACCGUGCCGACGCAGACGCAGCCACAGACUCUGAUGGUGUCGCCGGCAGGAAGCGUCGGCUGUGGCCAAGCGGUCGGUCAGACCGUGGCGACGCAGCCGCGCGUCAUCAGCGGCGUCAUCAACGGUUCGGAUUUGGUGAUUGGCGGGCCGGGCGGGGUUACGGUGGAGAAGCUGAAGGCUGCAGGAGUGCAGGUCCAGACGGUGCAGGUUCCCCUGACGGUCCAGAACCCAAAGACCGUCCAGCACAUCAAAUCAGAAGCCACAGACACUGAGGCGGUUAUGAAACUGGAAGCUCCACGUGCAAUUAAGACAGAGGAGCCGGAGUGUUGAGUCACUAACAUCUGUUCUUUCCUUUCUCACCGCCUGAGAAGUUAGUUUGUACAUUUCUGAAGUUCUUUUUAUUAUAACUUGUAAUAACCUGCAGCAGACUCUUGAAGGACGUCUCUUUGUCUCUGAGUCCGGAACGUGUCUUCACAUCUCCACCCGGACAAAGAGCCGCUCGGUCUCCCUCUGAACGGCAGUGGAGCCUCUUUAGCUGCGUAUGGAGGCUUGGACCCAAACUGAGAGGGGCAGUAAGGAAAAAGCAACUGGACCAACUUUGAUCACUACACAACGGAUCACAUGCACUGAGUCCCAUUGGAGGAUGAACAUGAAACUGCAACACUAAAGAAAACAACAAAAAAAAGUAAAUAACAAGGAUGGCAACCAAAAAUGUAAAUAGAAAAAGAAACAGCGGAGAGUGAAGAAGGUUCUUUUUAAGAGUGUUCAUUUCUACAGAUGUUAAAAACCAGCAUUUUCUUGUUUUUAAACUUGCAUCACUGUGUGAAGAAAGCAUGACAGGAAGGAGAUUUGGGCUCUCAUUAGGAACGAUAUCAGUCAUGUUUGUAUAUAUUUAUAUAACUAUAUAUAUAUCUUUACAGUUUACUGAGCUAACGGUAACAGACAGCCUUAGGUUUUAAUUUUUGAAAUGUUUCUUUUCCUGAACAGUAAGCUGUUUUUUUUUGUUUUUCUUUUGAUACCUUUUACCAUGCACAGUGUUAUUGAAACUCUGAACUGUUGGGAUUUUUUGUUUUCUUUUUCCCCUCUGCCUCGGUUCGGCUGCUGAUGCUGGUGUGGGUUGACACUCGUCCGCAGUGCUGUGUCCUUCAGCAUCCCUCAAAAACUCCCCCCAAACCUAAAAGUAGAAAAUGGAUUUGCGAGUUUUUAAAUGUGUUACUUGUUAGUGCAGAAUGUUCUGCAGGCAGGCUGCAUGCAUAUGCAAUAAAGUAAGAUGAAUCUGAGCCAAUGCAUGCUGCCACAUCUUUACGCAAAAAGUCAGCGUUUGUUAUUUCAAUAAUCAGAAAAGGCACCAAAUUAUGCAAAACGGCUGCAGGGCAUAUACAGCUGUGACCACUGUGGAUCCCCCUGAUCACAAUCAAAACCGAGGGUCAAUGUGUCAGUCUGCCGUGUUGGUUCUGCCGCAGCAUUUCAAUAGUUUCGUUUUUCUGAAAAGAGGGAAGAUCGUCUGUGUUCAGACUGAACUGUUUGUAUAUUCAACAUUUGAAGCAUAUUCUAUUUUGUUGUACUCUUGUUUCAAAGUGUAUUAAAGUAGAUUUUACUGAAAUACAAAUACUU